AUGAAUCCGGUUGUUGUGGAGGCGUGGGAUACGGAUGCGGUGCCGUUGCUUGAAGUGACCGUCUCAUUGGAUUUCAGCAUGCUCCUUACCCGACACUGUUUGCGAGAAAUCCCAGCACAAACGUUCGAUUAUUACACAGUUCCUAGUUACUGGCACAGCGCAGAGUGUCGUAGCCGUAGUGUCGAGGCGUCGAAAUUCAGCGCCGAUUGCAAUGAUAUUAUGAGUUCUGUCUAUCCAUCCGGCCGGCGUUUCGCUACUUUGCAGAGUUUUGUGCCCGAAACAGAUGUACGUGGCAUCGGUGAUCUGAAGAAGGAGGAGGGACCAGCAGUCGGCGAGUACCACCAUCGCUUAUUCCAACAGCAUAGAUCUCUCGACGGAAUGCAGUCGGAUGAGUAUCGGCCGUCUGACAUCCCGACGCAUCUUCCGCUGGACAUUUCUACGACUGGUGUGACGCCGUCACAAUAUGUUGGCGCAUCGCUCUCCAAUCCAACCACGACCAAUGCCUAUUUUUGGAAGCAACCAACCAGGUAUUUUUUUAGCCGUGGACAGCGCCUGCUUCGUCUUAUCACUCCUGAUAUCCGGGUUUGA